AUGCUCAAGUUUUGUAAAAUUAUUCCACGAAAAUUGCAACAAACUUCAUUUUUAAAUAAUCCAUUUCUUCAUAAUUCAUUUCGACAUAAUAGAAUUCCACAAGUUAAAAGCAUUAUCUAUUUAAAUAAAAGAAAUGUUUCCUCAACUUCAACUUUAACAAAUUCAAAUACAAAUGAAAUAGUAGAUUUUUCUUAUCCUUCCAUAGCCGAUACUUUACCUGAAAAUUUACCUACAAAUGAUGUUAAUUCCAUAAUAUCAUUUAACCAAUCUAUUCUUGAAUUUAUACACAAUUCGACAGUUCUUCCUUGGUGGGCAACUAUAUUAAUAUCAACAAUUUUACUCCGAACCUUUUUAACUUUGCCCAUUGCCAUUAUUCAACAAAAAAAUGGUGCAAAAAUAUUAUCUUUGCAGCCACAAAUAAUGGAGAUAUUUGAAAGACUUAAACAUGAGGUUGUGAGAGAAGUUAAAAAGCGAAAUGGGACUUAUGAAGAAUUUCAAAGUGAAUUGACAAAAAAGUUUAAAACAAAAAUAAACGAAAUAUAUAAAGCAAAUAAAUGUUUUCCUAUAAGGAACUAUUUAUUACCUUGGGUACAAAUACCGCUUUUCAUAAGUAAUUCACUAACUAUAAGGCAUAUGGUAGAUUCCACAAAAUCAAAUUCAACUAUUCCUGAAAACACUAUUAUCGGCUCUACAUCAGAAGUGGACAUUAUAACUAAUAUUACCUCCGUUGAUAAUAUAUCAACAGAUACACUAAUAAAUGGUGGGAUAUUAUGGUUUAAUGAUUUAACGCAAACAGAUCCUUUAUAUAUUUUCCCCUUAGCCAUAGGACUUACAAAUCUUCUUAAUAUUGAGAUACAUUCAUGGUUUACUAAAUCUCAACCAAGUCUUAGGUCGAAAAUAUUAAAAAACUUAAGUAGAGGGUUAUCCAUACUAAUGAUACCUGUCGCUUCUCAGGCACCUAUGGCAAUUUGCUUAUAUUGGUUAUCAUCCAGUACGUUUAGUAUUGGACAAAAUUUAAUUUUUCAGUUACCCAUUAUUCAAAAAAAAAUCGGAUUUCCUGAGAAAUUAGAUACUUCAUCGGCAUCAAAACAAACUAAAAGAGUUAAGGAAACAUUAGUGACGUUUAAAAAUAAUAAUUCCAUGAAAACAAAAAAUGCUUCUUUAAAGAACAAGAAAAAGAAAUAA